CAGCCGCUGCGCUUUGCGGGACCCCAUCUCCAGGUUCCACACGCGCCCUUAGACUAGCAUCGCUUUGCUCACCCUCGCGCUGUCUCUCUCUCUCUCUUGUUCGCUCUCUUUCUCUCGCGCACGCCUGGCCUCGGACCCCGCGGGAGAAAAGAAGAGAACGCAGAUCGCGACGCUUCCGGGAAAACGUUUUUGGCCGGCCGCUUUCAAAGGAGAUUGGUAUUGUAUUUCUUUUGAACCACUAGUUGAUGGAUUUAUCACUGACAAUACAACAACAUUUUAGCUAGAAAUCGUGUGAAGCAUGGGUGACUGGAGCUUUCUGGGGCGGCUGCUGGAGAACGCUCAAGAACACUCCACCGUGAUUGGCAAGGUGUGGCUGACAGUCCUCUUCAUCUUUCGUAUCCUGGUCCUGGGGGCGGCUGCGGAGGAAGUGUGGGGUGACGAGCAGUCGGACUUCACCUGCAACACGCAGCAGCCCGGUUGCGAGAACGUGUGCUACGACGAAGCCUUCCCCAUCUCGCACAUCCGCUUCUGGGUGCUGCAGAUUAUCUUCGUGUCCACGCCCACCUUGAUCUACCUGGGACACGUGCUGCACAUUGUCCGCAUGGAGGAGAAACACCGGGAGAAGGAGGAGGAGCAGCGGAAGGCCAGCCGGCACCAGGAGGAGAGAGACCCUCUGUACAGGAACGGAGGAGGAGGAGGGAAAAAGGAGAAGCCCCCAAUCAGAGACGAGCACGGUAAAAUCCGCAUCCGGGGGGCUCUCCUGCGCACAUACGUGUUCAACAUCAUCUUCAAGACGCUGUUCGAAGUGGGCUUCAUCCUGGGUCAGUACUUCCUGUAUGGCUUCCAGCUCAGCCCCCUGUAUAAGUGUGGUCGCUGGCCCUGCCCCAACACGGUUGACUGCUUCAUCUCACGCCCCACAGAGAAGACCAUCUUCAUCAUCUUCAUGCUGGUGGUAGCCUGCGUCUCCCUGCUACUCAACCUGCUGGAGAUAUACCACCUGGGAUGGAAGAAGGUGAAGCAGGGGGUCAGCAACGAGUUUGCGCCCGACAGAAUGGCGCUCCCCCUGGCCAGAGACGAGGCGGUGGAGUCCAACAUGAUCCAGGAGGGGAUCGCCCACCCGGCUCUCAACUGCCUGCCCGCGUACGGUGGCGUGAACGUGGUGUACCUGCCCAACGAGCAGGCAAACGCCACGGACGCUUUAUCCGAGCAGCAGGCAGCGGCGGCAGAACUCAAGAUGGACCCUUUCCAUGAAGACUUCCUGCUGGAGGCUCCUCCUACAUCCUUCUACAACAGUGAGGGCAGUGGCCAGCAGCAGUCCAUGGAGCAGAACUGGGCCAACAUGGCCAUGGAACUGCAGACCCUGGAUGCUGCCAUGUCCUCCUCCUACCCUCCUCUUCCCUCCUCCCCUUCUCCGCCACCCUCCUCCUCCUCCCCCACCUCCUCUGACCAGGAGCAGUCACCCUCUCCACCGGACACUGCCCCUCUUAUCCCCGACUCCCGUUCCUCCACCCUCCCGCUGGGGGAAUCGAGAAGGAGUGAGGAGCACCAGCAGCAGGAAGAAGAGGAAAUGGAGGCGGCGCUGCCACUGACGCACGUUGAUGAUGUCCCCGUGACCCGGGUGGAGAUGCACGAGCCGCCCAUUUUCAUAGCGGCGGACGCCCGCAGGCUGAGCAGGGCCAGCAAGACCAGCAGUGUCCGAGCCCGGCCCGACGACCUUGCCGUGUAACACAUACACACACACACACACACACUCUCACACACCUUCACACAAUCACAUACAAACACAUGCAGACCCCUAUCCACCACCGCACCCCAACGCCUCUGGGUUCUAUACAUUAUAUAUCUUUGAGGCUCAGGUGUCAAAUGUUGUGUGAAAUACAGAGGCGAUGUGGGAGGGGGGAGGGGGGGGGGCUCUGGAGUUGAGAUGCUCCUGACAUUACUCUCUACAGAAGUUGCGUUAUCUGGAGAUGCAUUCGGUGAGGUGAGGCAUAGCUUAGUGCUUCAACGUUAUGAGGUGCCAACACGUAUGUAGAGAGGGAACACACACAUUCACUGUUUGCAGCUCAGAUGCCAUGAAAGGAUUAGAGAUAUUGGACUAACUCGUUUGGGACAUUAGCAACAUUUCGGAUGAAUAUAAUUCUGCUGUUUUCUUUAUUCUUUGAUGGUAGACAUCAGAAGAGGGUUUGCGCUUUCCUUUAUUUUUUUCUCUCCCCCCUUUCUCUUUCUUUUCUUGUGAUGGACCCUUUAAGAUGAAGCCGAUGUGUCCUACUGUCUCUUCCUGGUGUCUGUCUGUCUGCCUCGUAGCUAGCCGUCUGUCUGUUCCAUGCUCACCCUUCCUAUUAAGCUGAAUGAAGAGAGGGACGCUCUGACAGUAUGGUGGAGUGGAGAGAGACGGGGAUAGGGUACCUGGGUGGCACUUUAUUCAAAAUGACUUGCUAUUUACUUACAAAUGACAUGUGAAUCACACAAUAAUACCUUGUGAAUUACUUGUAAAACAAGCACGACUAGGCACAUUUUGGUACCAGGUCGUUAACAAUGAAGUACCCUCUGAUAAUAUGUAAUGUACCAGUAAAUACCAGGUUAAUACCAGUGCAUAAGGUAACGUCCUACCGUUUACUGUCGUGUGUAGCCAUACUAGUGUGAAGCUUCAACCUAUUUUACCACCUCGAUCCCAACCUGAGGUUGGUCUUUAGGCUUCACAGGCUUUGUGUGUGUGUGUUUCUGUACGUUUCUGCAUGUGUGUGUGUGUGUGUGUGUGUGUGUGUGUGUGUGUGUGUGUGUGUGUGUGUGUGUGUGUGUGUGUGUGUGUGUGUGUGUGUGUGUGUGUGUGUGUGUGUGUGUGUGUGUGUGUGUGCAAUACAUAUAUUAUAGAGUCUUGUUUCAAUGUCUACAACAACAUUUAGGCAGUUACAUCCGGGUAAAUAAUAUAUAUAUGUAAGUAUAUUACAUAGUACAUACAGGGUAUAUUAUACAUAUAGAAUUAUGACUUCUAAAGAACCCAUACUGAUGCUUGUGUUUGCAGUGUGUUAAAGACUUGUGUGUCCUCAUCGUAAAGAAAUUCAGCAGAUUUAAGACUGUAGGCCCCCACUGGUAGUCAGUAUGGGAAGUUUCAGUAUAGUGCUUAGAGAGAGUAGGCAAUAGAAUUGCUAGAAGAUAGAUAGAUAAGGAGUAUUAUUUAAGGCAAUGACAUUUCAUUCUUUGUUACUGAGUCAUAAUAGCAAAAUCAAUAGGAAUGUGCAUUUGCGUAUCAUUUUCCUAAACUCCUGCCAGUUUUUUAAAUCAGACAAUGGCUCUUAACAUGCAGUUGUAUUUCUUUUAAGCUUCCUGUUUUUUCUCUCUCCAAAUUAAUUCAUUUUAUUGUCAUCUAACAUUCAGGAAAAAAUCAUAGCUAUCGAACAAUGUUUUAGACAAAUCUCUUUUGCAUUUUGUACCUCUUUAUGUUUUGAACAAUGGUAUAUUCUGUUACUGUGAAACUACAACUCACUACAACUGACUCCCUCAAGCACUUGACCUUUGACCUUGUUAUGAUGAAAUCAUAUGUUAUCAUUCAACCACCACCUGGGGUUAUUACCAUAAAGCAACAAGAAGCAGGGGGCACUUCAAUUUUGCUAUUUAAAGUAAGAACAGAAAGUUGUGAUUCUUACAGUACAUUUCAACAAUGUAGAUAGGCUGUUUGUUCCCAUUUCUCUCUCUAUCUCCCCCUCCCUUACCCUCACACUCGUCCUUCCUUCCUUCCUUUUCUCUCUUUCUUUUAUUCUCUCUCUCCACACACACACACACACACACACAAACUCUACAUUGGGGUAUAUCUUGGGAUAGAGGGUUUAGACCGAGACUGUGAAUGGGCUGUUGCUGUGCUCUGCUGUAUGAUGUGUUAAAAUGCUUAGAGAAUCGGGUCUGCUGUUAGUUGCGUUGCCACACACACAGAAUCCAAAGUGCCUCACAAAUCAUUUACAUACCAUGCACAUACAGUAUGUUUAAAAAAAAGCCACCAGGUGAUGGGAUCGAGCUGUGACAUUGUAAUAAAAAAAAAAACACUGUCCACCAAAGAGAGAAAAUCUAAAAUGGCCACCAAUAGAACUCUGUUAAGAGUUGUUGAAAACAGGUUACGUUACUGUUAACUCAUCAUUUCUGUUCAUAACCUUGUCAUUUCGAUUGUUUAAAGUUGACACUUUAGCAUGUAGAUAAUGAUCUGGACAGUUAAGACAGAAUGGUGUUCUAAGAUGAAAUAACAAAGGACAUCUCAAAAAGAGGAUGUCUCAAUAUUUUCUAAAGUAUUUAUUUUUAUGAGAGAAUUACCAGAUUACCAAUUACAAAAAAAAUGAUUUUGAAAAAAAUAUUGCUACUUUGUUGAUUGUUUUGUCCAAAAAAUACAGGAGCGGUGUUUGGCUAGGUUAAAGUUAUACCCCAUUGUUGUGUCAGGCAUCCCCCCACCCCAUCGGAAAACUGACAUUUUGUUGGACUUUUGGAAUCUCUGGCGUGGAGUGAGAUUUCAUUGGCCAGUGAGGCAGGGAAGGAGAUUUAGAUAUGCUCAGACCAGACACCCCAUUGUGAAAUCACUGUCUAUGAAGAGAAGUGCCUUAUGUCUGAACUUUUGUAAGAACAUGUUGAUGUAAAUGUUAAUUUACCUCAAAUGUUUACAAAACUGUUACUGAAUAAACUUUUUGUACCAUAUCUA